AUGGUGGGUGUUAAUGGCACUGUUGUGCUUUCCUGGGUGACAUACGAGAUGGUAAGAGCCCUGCUUUGGUCACCCCUAGCCAAGGUGCCUGGCCCGUUUGCCAACCGUCUCAGUAGUGUACCACACAUUCUACAUACUAUCAAGGGUGAUCGCAUUCAGUGGGUUGAAAAGCUUCAUCGAAAGUACGGUGAAGAAGUGGUGCUGGAACCUGCGAUGGUCAUCUCUCGUCGUUCCGCUGCUGUCAAGACCAUUUACGGUAAUACAGCUUUGCAAAAGUCCGCUUUUUACGAUGGCCUAGGCUUCAGCGGACUUCACAAGCAUGUCUUACAGGCAAGGGAUAACAAGGUCGCCAUCCGAACUCGUAAACAUAUCCUCACCAUCAUGACCAAGGAUAACCUCUUCGGACUGGAGCCUAUCUUUCAUCGCUACCUUGCCAAAUUCAAAAAGGGCGUCGACAGCAACAAUGAUGAUGGUAAAGUCGAUCUAAUGCUCUGGCUUCGACUUUUAGCCAUGGAUAUUAUUCUUGAAGCCUCUUUUGGCAAGGACUUUGGUCAGCUUGAUCUCGGCGGUCUCAGCGAUCUUACGCAAGCCAUCUUCGAUGCCAUACGGUUUAACGUCAUUCGGGCCCUCAUACCUGGUUUUCAAACCGCGGCGACCUAUCUGCCCAUCCCGGUCCUCAACAGAAUGGCCUCUUCCGAAGCAAGAUUUUUGAAUCUUGGUACCAGCGGUUUGGAAACGUUUAAAUCCGCCGAUAACAUCAGUCACAUAAUGGCUCCUCAAGCUCUCCGUCCUUUGUUUGGGGAAGAUGAGGAGUCACUAGUCAAAGAGCUGGCUGCCUUCGCCAUUGCAGGAUCCGAUACUACCUCGACUACACUGCUCUACCUGUUCUACGAACUGGCUCUGCAUCCUACCCUACAGGAAGCCCUCUACGAAGAAGUCGCUCGAGAGAUCUCAGCGGAACAUUAUGACACUAUCUCUCGAGCUGAUGUGGAGAAGCUUCCUCUUCUUAAUGCAUUCAUCAAAGAAACGCUUCGGGUUCAUCCACCCGUUCCUGGUUUCUUACCUCGAGAUGUUCCCGCCACUGGCAUUGUCUUGGGUGGCAAAUUCAUCCCUCCUGGCACCGUCGUUUCUUCGAGUGUCCAUCAAACUCUGCGAAACCCGGAUGUUUAUCAUCCCGAUCCAGACUCUUUCCGUCCGCAAAGAUGGCUAGAAGAUGUGACCGAGGACAUGCAACGCAGCUUUAUACCGUUCAGCAGUGGCCUUCGCACCUGCGUCGGUAUGAACUUUGCUUGGUCAGAAAUCUAUGUCAUCUCGGCUUCAAUCCUUUGCACGUAUCAGUUUAAACUGCCCGAGGAAACGACCCUUGCUUCCAUGGAGAUGGUCGAAGGCUUCUUUACUCUUCCUAAAUCAGGUCAAUGUGUUCUCCAACUAGUCAAACGAUCUUCCAACAAGUAA